UCUCUCUCUCUCUCUCUCUCUCUUAAUUGCUUCUCCCACCGCGUCCCUCUAACCAGUACUUAAGUAUUCUCCUCACACUCUUUCUGACCUCAACAUCACUCUCUACAACCUCUCGAUCUCUCCAAAAUGAAGACCUUAACACUUUUCCUCUUAGCUUUCUUGCUCACCGCAGCCUCUCUCUCCUUUGCCACCCGACCCGAACCAACCGGGUCCUCCCAAAACCAGCCAAAGGCCUCCAAAGACAAAGGCCAAAGCAGCAACGGAGGCGGCGGCAGCAACAAAGGUGGUGGAAAUGAUGGUGGUGGGAUGGGUGGGUUCUUCGGGCCAGGUGGCGGGUUUGACAUACCCGGAUUGGGAAAUGGAAACGGGUGGGGUAACGGAAUUGGUGGCGGGUAUGGAGGUGGAUAUGGGGGUCCGAGUGGAGGGUACUCCAAAGGUGGUGUGGUAAGGCCUACUGUGGUGUGUAAAGAAAAGGGUCCAUGUUACAAGAAGAAGCUGACGUGUCCGGCCAAGUGCUUCACUUCUUAUAGCCGUUCCGGGAAGGGCUACGGCGGCGGCGGCGGCGGUGGUGGUUGCACCAUUGACUGCAAGAAGAAAUGUGUUGCUUACUGUUGAAUUGAGCUCUGAGCUUGUAGCUUGUUGUAGUUUCUUAUAUAUGUAUUAUAUAUGUAUGGCCUGUGAUGGUUUGGUUGUUUGGCAAAGUUAAUGUAAACUUAAGUAGUAAUUAUGAUGCUUGUUGUUAAGGUUUUUCUCUAAGCAUUUAGUGCUUUUAUCCUAUAUAUAUCCUCAUGGGAUUUAAAUAAAUUGGAAAUUGUCUGAGAGAAUUGUUGUCCUUGUGAUGUUUAUUUAGGGUUAGUAUUGUGAUAACAAAAACGAG